GUAAUUGUCAGUUUUACGAAUGUACAAACAAAAUACUGUGUUCUCAUAUAGAGCAUGCAUUUGUUUAUGUUCAAUUCUUGCAACAAUGCUCGAUAUUCUUUCGCGUUUCAUUUGUGACAAAAAAUGCUUCCUGCCAAUGAUUCUCAACUCACGGUUCUUAUAUCUCGAACAAUUUUCGCAUGCGUCGUAAAUAUAUGUUGAGAACGGUUGUCAAGCAUGUAUUAAUACGUCAUGCGAAAUAAUAAUCAUAAGAAAUAAGUUUGAAUAAAUAAAAAAAUAAUUGCGAACUUGAACAUAAAAUUGAGUUAAAAAGAAAAAUAAUUGAUGGCAUUCAACAGGAAAUAGAUCUUUUUUAGAAUUAAAUUACACAUUCUUCGGAAAAAUAAACGUCCAAAGGUAUAUAAGCUUUUUCAUGAAUCAGACAAAGAUUUAAUAAUUUCUACUUGAUCUUGGAAAAAAUCUAAUAAUGAGCAACAAAGUGAAUCUACAUGAUAUAAGUGCAAAACUUACUAAAGAGACGUUAGAAAGUAUACUUGCAGCAGAAUGUAAUGAAACAGAUGUAAAACUAACGGAUUGGGAUUUUGGUGAUGCAAGUGCCAAAGGUGAUAGCUAUUUAACGGUUGUUAACAAAGUUAAACUGAAUGGCCUUGCUAAUGGUAAACCUGUACAAAUUGAUAUUGUGAUAAAAUCACUACCUCAGAAUUUAGGUAGAAGAAAAACUUAUAGAAGUAUAAUUUUCUUUAGAAAUGAGGUGGCAUUUUAUACUAAGAUAAUACCAAAGUUUGAACAGUUUCUCAAAAGCAAAAAUCAAGCUAAUAUUCUAUGUGUUCCACGUCAUUUGAAAUCACUUGUUGACGGUGAAAAUGACUAUUUAAUUUUGGAAAAUGUUUGCAACUUAGGAUAUGGUCCUAUAACUCGUCAAAACUGUGUAGAUAUGGAACAGUGUACUGUUAUUCUGGAAGCUUUUGCUACUUUCCAUGCAAUUUCUUUUGCUUAUAAAGAUCAGAAUAAAGAAGAAUUUGAUGAGAUGGUAACACAUUUAGAGGAAACAUAUUUUAGUCCUAAAUAUUGGGAUUGGUAUGAAAGAUUUCAUAAACGAUUAGUAGGAAUAGCAACACAUGCAUUAGCUACUGAAUAUCCUAACAGUGAAGCACUAAAACGUUUUACUUCUUACAAAUUGGGUUCACUUGUUAAAAUGUGUUAUAAAAUAUGUGAUUCUCCAAAUACCCCAACAUCAGUUGUAAAUCAAGGAGAUUCUUGGGCUCCAAAUGUUUUAGUACGCGAUGUUGAGGGAGAUAAAAAGGAAGCACUCUUGCUUGAUUUUCAAUUGGCACGUUGUGUUAGUCCAAUUCUUGACUUAGCAUUCUUUAUUUAUUCUUGUACAGACAAAGCUCUCAGAGAACGAUUUAACGAAAUGUUGAAAAUUUAUCAUAAUAAAUUAACUAGUGUAAUUAAUUCACUUGGCUCAAAUGCAGAAAAAUUGUAUUCAUGGGAGACAUUUAUGAAGGAAGUAAAAGAAAAUUUUUUCUAUGGAAUAGUUUUUGUACUAGAAGCUAUGCCAUUUACUAUGUUAGAUAACUCACAAGCAUUUGACUUGGAUACAAUAAUAAAAGGAGAUGAAGAAGUGAAUAUAGAUGACGUAUGGACAAUAGGCAAUUUAGAAACACAGUGGAAAAGAUUACGUUUAGCAGAUGUAAUUGUUCACGCCGUAGAAAAUGGGUUUUUAUGAAAUUUGAAUAUAUAUAAAUUGUACAAUUUUAUACAUAAUUUUUAUUAAAUGUUUAGCAUUAAAUAAAAUAGAGAUAAUCUGUA